AUGCAACGCUCCUCGGAUGGUGUUUCCAAGUUGGCAAGUGGAGAUGAUCGGACACUUUCAAAGCUCUAUAACAUCCCUCCACCAGUACGACAACAGUUGCAAGACAUGGUCCAGCCUGGGGCUGGGGUGAGUCCCAACACCCUCGACAAAAUCAAAGAACAUCUGGCCACCAUCAUUCGGACUCAGCAAGAAACCGUCCAAUGCAUAGACGACCUUGAAAAUGCCGUCCUUGGACUACUGAGGCUCUUCGCACCCACUAAGGAUCUGCUGGCAAGGUUUUAUGAAGACAUCCAGGCUCGUCCUCAAGCACCCCUCCAACAACCUCGCCAACAGCGUCACCAUCCCCACAACAUGCGAAACCACCAAUAG